AUGGGUUUGAAGGGAAAGUUAAUUGCUUCACAGGAGGUGAAAUGUGGAGGACACUCGGUUCAUGAUAUGUUUCACACCAAUACUCAUCAUAUACGCAACAUAAGUCCAUUGAUUAAUCAUUUUGAAAUUCAUGAAGGUAAAAUUCUAAAAGUUGGUGAGGUUGUUAGCUGGAAAUAUAUCGAAGAUGGGAAAGAAAAAAUUCUUAAGGAAGUGAUUGAAGCCAUAGAUCAUCAUGACAAGUCGAUAACUUGGAAAGUAAUUGGAGGAGAUGUGUUAGAGUUGUACAAUUCAUUCACUAUUAUCACAUCCAAUGAACAUGAAUGGACUACAUCAACACUUGUCUAUGAGAAGAAAAAUGAAGAUACUGCAGAGCCCCUCGCUCUCUUGGGUGUUUUUCUAGAUGUGAUCAAACAUUUAGAGGAUCAUCUUCUGAAAUAAAAAAUGUAUUAUGUUGCUGCUUGUAUGAUGACUAUUUUAUAGUAUUGGCUAGUUUUAACUACCCUGUAAAAUAAAUAAUGUUAUGUUUGACGAGUAUAUAUUAUGUAU